AUGAGGCGAAUAAUAGUGAGCAGCAACAUAUGGACUGUGUGUAUGCGAAGCUUCACUACUACCCAUCUAAGGGCUUGGAGUAGUGCUACUGUUUUACACAACAGAUUUGCACAUAUAUUAUCAAAGGGAGACAAAGAAGAUGUGAACCAGGUGGAGAAAGCUAUCAUGAGAGGAGAUAGCCGAGUCCUUUCAACUGCUGCUGUUAAAACUACCAAAGAUCCAAAGAAACGAGACGCAGAUACAGGACGUGAUCCACAGCAUAAUAUAGUAACCACACAGGAGGAUAAUAAAAAAGACACAAAGCAAAAAGAAGAAAAAAGCAAAUAGGAGAAGUAUGGUAAGUUUAGGCAUAGAUUAGGGGAAUGGAAGCUUAGUAUUUUGAUUGCGUUGGUGUUGCCACUGAGCUGAUGGAAAAUAAAAGUUGUAACCUUGUAUUCGUGGCUUCUAUGACAAUGUGUUUUUCCUUACUUUCUGCAGUAAGAUAUUAAAAUGGAAAGUAAAAGUUA